AUGCAACCGACUGUGAAAUUGGGACCAAAAGGCGACGAAUGGACGUACAACCGUGACACUAAGACGUACGAUCUCACUCGCGGGGUUUCCUCUCCCGGCUUCACUAUUCGCACAACGCAGGGACCUCCCGAUGCAUCGAUUACAUUGGCGCCAGCUUUGAGCGCUCUAGUCGUCGUUGAUAUGCAGAAUUUCUUUCUCCAUCCGAGGUGCAAUGAACACCCAACCGGAUUAGCUGCAGCGGAUCACACCCUCGAGGUCAUCGAGAAAUGUCGGGAGGUUGACGUCAAGAUCAUCUGGCUGAACUGGGGACUAAGUGAGGGCGACCUCAGCAGCAUGCCUGCAGCCACCGAGCGCAGCUUCGGUAGUAGCCUCAUUACUCCACCCAAAGACGAUAAAUAUGCCAGGAACGGGUUCGGUUCCGACAUGGGCGACAGGAGGGGUCGACUGCUAAUGGAGGGAUCUUGGAAUGCGAAGCUCUAUGAUCCCCUGCAGGAUGCCAGUCGCGCGGACACGGACGUGUUUUGCAGCAAGAAUCGUAUCUCGGGCUUUUGGCACGGGGAGACGCCGCUCGCGAAAGAACUCGCUGCUGGUGGCUAUCGCACUCUUUUGUUCGCCGGUGUUAAUACAGAUCAAUGCGUACUGGGAACUUUGGCCGACGCGUAUUAUCGCGGAUGGGACUGCAUCAUGAUCGAGGACUGCUGUGCUACGACUACUCCAGGAGGGCAUGAUGUCACUAUUUACAACACAUCGAGCGGGUAUGGAUUUGUGGUCGAUAGUAAGAGUAUCGUCGAAGGUACACUUGCGUAA